AUGACUUCCUACAUUGAAGCCAAUCCGACCGACCGCCAAACUAGUUUUCGUAAAGGACAAAGCAUCAAAACUGCAGUUCUCCGGGUUUCCGAUGAUUUAGGUGCCAUUAUCGACAAAAAAGGUGCUGGUAUACUGCUACUGCUCGACUUUUCGAAGGCAUUUGAUAGUAUUCCACAUGGUACAUUGUUGAACAAACUGCAUGUGCAGUUCAACUUCUCCACUACUGCCGUAAGCCUGAUGGAAUCGUACUUGCAUGGACGAAAGCAGACAGUUUUUUGCGGUGAUCGUUUCUCUAGCUGUGUUGAUGUGCCAUCGACGUUCCUCAAGGCUCCGUUCUAG